AUGUCCGAAGGCAACGUUAUGCCCCCCAAGUCCUCCGUGGUGGUGGAGGCCCACGAAGUCGACACUUUCCAUGUUCCCAAGGCUUUCUAUGAGAAACACCCCACCGGGACUCAUCUGAAAGAUCUCGACGAAUACAAGAAGCUCUAUGAGGAGUCCAUCCGAAACCCCGACACCUUCUGGGCCCGCAUGGCCCGGGAACUGCUCACCUUCGACAAGGACUUCCAGACGACCCACGUUGGCUCCUUGGCCAACGGUGACAAUGCCUGGUUCGUUGAGGGUCGCUUAAAUGCCUCCUUUAACUGUGUCGACCGCCAUGCCCUGAAGAACCCCGACAAGGUCGCCAUCAUCUACGAAGCCGACGAGCCCAAUGAGGGCCGCACCAUCACUUACGGCGAGCUCCUGCGCGAGGUCUCGCGCGUCGCCUGGGUGCUGAAGCAGCAUGGCGUGAAGAAGGGCGACACCGUCGCCAUCUACCUCCCCAUGAUUCCCGAGGCCAUCAUUGCCUUCCUCGCGUGUUCGCGUAUCGGUGCCGUCCACUCUGUCGUCUUCGCCGGUUUCUCCUCCGACUCGCUUCGGGACCGCGUUCUCGACGCUGGUUCCAAGGUCGUCAUCACCACCGACGAGGGUAAGCGUGGCGGUAAGAUCAUCGGCACCAAGCGCAUCGUCGAUGAGGCGCUGAAGCAGUGCCCCGACGUGUCGAGCGUUCUGGUGUACAAGCGUACCGGCGCCGAGGUCCCUUGGACCCAGGGUCGUGACAUCUGGUGGCACGAAGAGGUCGAGAAGUACCCCAACUACCUGGCGCCCGAGUCGAUGAGCUCCGAGGACCCUCUCUUCCUCCUUUAUACCUCGGGUUCCACUGGAAAGCCCAAGGGUGUCAUGCACACGACCGCCGGUUAUCUCCUGGGUGCUGCCAUGACCGGCAAGUACGUGUUUGAUAUUCAUGAUGAUGACCGCUACUUCUGCGGUGGUGAUGUCGGCUGGAUCACGGGCCACACCUAUGUGGUGUACGCCCCUCUGCUUCUGGGAUGUGCCACAGUGGUCUUUGAGAGUACCCCCGCCUACCCGAACUUCUCCCGCUACUGGGAUGUUAUCGAGAAACACAAGGUCACGCAGUUCUACGUCGCCCCCACCGCUCUGCGGCUGCUCAAGCGGGCUGGCGACGAGCAUAUCCAUCACAAGAUGGCCCACCUGCGUAUUCUGGGCUCCGUCGGUGAACCCAUCGCUGCCGAGGUCUGGAAGUGGUACUUUGAGAAGGUCGGAAAGGAAGAGGCGCACAUUUGCGACACAUACUGGCAAACCGAGACUGGUUCCAACGUCAUCACUCCUCUGGGUGGAAUCACGCCCACGAAGCCCGGCAGUGCCUCCCUGCCCUUCUUCGGUAUCGAGCCUGCCAUCAUUGACCCCGUCUCGGGCGAGGAGAUCAGUGGCAACGAUGUUGAGGGUGUGCUUGCCUUCAAGCAGCCUUGGCCUAGUAUGGCCCGCACUGUCUGGGGUGCCCACAAGCGCUACAUGGACACCUAUCUGAAUGUCUACAAGGGAUACUAUUUCACCGGUGAUGGCGCUGGCCGUGACCACGAGGGAUACUACUGGAUCCGUGGUCGUGUUGAUGACGUCGUGAACGUGUCGGGCCACCGUCUGUCGACUGCUGAAAUCGAGGCUGCCCUUCUCGAGCACCACAUGGUCGCCGAAGCCGCCGUCGUCGGCAUUGCUGAUGAGUUGACGGGCCAAGCCGUCAAUGCCUUCGUUGCCCUCAAGGAGGGUAAUGAGACGACCGAGCAGGUCCGCAAGGAUCUGGUGAUGCAGGUUCGCAAGUCGAUCGGACCGUUCGCUGCCCCCAAGGCUGUCUUCGUUGUCGAUGACCUCCCCAAGACCCGUAGCGGCAAGAUCAUGCGCCGUAUUUUGCGGAAGAUUCUGAGUGGCGAGGAGGACAGCCUUGGUGACACCUCGACGCUGUCGGAUCCCUCCGUUGUCGACAAGAUCAUCCAAACGGUCCAUGCUGCCCGUGGCAAAUAA